UUGUAUAACUAACCAACUAAUUCUGUUAGUCAGUUAGUUACACUUUCACUCUGAAUCGAUAAGAAUUCACAAACAUGGCUUCUUCUUCUUCUUCUUCCUCCUCUCUUCCUAAUCUUCAUCCAUCACAUCGUGCUGAAGUACGCAUCGUGACGAAGGCGUCUGAACUCCCCGCUGCAUUUCUUGCACCCUCCCCGUCGUCGAAGCUGGUGAUCGGUUUCGACAACGAGGGCGUGAAACUGGGCCGCGAUGGCACUCUCUGCGUGAUGCAGCUGGCGUUCGACGACGCCAUAUACAUCGUGGACACCAUCGAAGGCGAAGAGAAUCUCGUAAUGAAAGCUUGCAAGGCGGCGCUGGAGUCCGAACACGUGACAAAGGUGAUCCACGACUGCAAACGCGACAGCGAGGCCUUGUACUUCCAGUUCGGCAUCAGGCUAAACAACGUGGUGGACACGCAGAUCGCGUACUCGCUCAUAGAGUCGCAAGAGCAAGGAAAGAAGGUAAACGACUACAUCUCCUUCGUCGACCUUCUCGCAGAUCCGCGUUACUGCGGCGUAGCGUAUCCGGAGAAGGAAGAGGUUCGCUUAAUCCUGAAAAGGAACACCGAGUUUUGGAGAGAGAGACCGUUGACCGAGUAUAAGUUGAAUGCUGCUGCUGCUGAUGUUCGUUAUCUUAUACACAUUUACCACAAGAUGAUGGAGAAGCUGAGUGAGAAAUCUUUAUGGUAUCUUGCGGUUCGUGGUGGAUUGUAUUGCCGGUGUUUCUGCGGGAACGCUGAGAAUUGGCCACCUCUGGCUCCGGAAGCGCUGAAAGAUGAGAACGGAAAGGGACCGGAGGAAGAAAGGAUUUGGGUGUUGGAUAUUCCGGCGGGAGGGUGGGCGAGAGAAGUUAUUGGGGACGGAGGGAUAACAAUUAGGAAUCUUAGGAAGGCCAGCGAUGCAGAAAUCCACAUUGUUGAAAGGCCACCGGAUGACAAGGCCUUCAUCAUCGGAACAGAGAAGGAGGCCAAGAAAGCCAUGGCUAUGGUACGUGGUGUCUGGGAACAUUCCGAAAUCAGUUAGCUAGUUGCCUUACCUUCUCUUUCAACCUAACUUUUCUAUAGCUUUCUAUUACAUAUUGGCUUCAAGGAUAUGCUGUUGCUACUAGUUUGUUUUUUGUUUUUGUUGAUAUGUGAACAACACACAUGUGAUGUGACAUACGUAUGAUUCAAUGUUUAAUUCCAUCAAAUUUAGU